CACGGCUGUGACAGGGAGGAGCUGUGAGAGAGCAGAGGGCGAGCGAGGCAGCGAGAGGAUCGAGAGAAGGAAAGACGGGGGAAGGUCUCAGGGUUUGGAGGGUUUGGCCUUUUUUUCGCCCAGUAGAGCCGCCCCGGAGCCCGGUGAGCAGUGGAGGAGCCCCCCGAUCGCUCUGUGGUCAGAGGUGUGUUCCCACUGAGCUUCUGAGUGCGGAGGAUGGCGGGACGCGUGCUGCUGGCGUGCGCGAUGGCUGCUCUGCUUUGUCAGGUGUGGAUCGCUGCGGAACCACAUCACAAAGAAGAAGAUGUCCUUUUCCCGUGGAAGAAUCAAGGCAAGGGAGUGGUCCGGGUGAAGAGGGACUGGAUCAUCCCUCCAAUCAGAGUGCUGGAGAAUAGCAGGCAGGUUCCCGAAGACCUUGUCCAGAUCAAAUCGGACAAGAUAUUUACAGGUGAGGUGAUCUACAAGUUAGAGGGGCCGGGGGUGGACCAGGACCCCAAGAAUCUGUUUGAGAUCGAUGAUAAAACCGGAGUCAUCAGGAGCAAGCGGCAGCUGGACCGAGAGACGCACAAAAGCUUCACGCUGAAAGCGUUUGCCCUGUCCCCCAGUGGAGAGAGACUAGAGAAUCCUACCAUCAUAGAGAUAGUGGUGCUGGAUCAGAACGACAACAGACCCGCCUUCACCCAGAGCCAAUUUGUCGGCUCUGUCCCUGAGUUCUCGGUUCCAGGCACCUCGGUGAUGUCAGUGUCAGCCACCGAUGCAGACGAUCCAAUGACAGAAAAUGCUUUUCUCAGCUACUCCAUCAUUGGUCAGGAGAGCAUUCCUGUCAAUGCUGUUACCAAGACCAUGUUCGGUAUCAACAACGAGACGGGAGCCAUCCACACGAGAGAUGUGGGCCUGGACCGAGAGGUGGUGAAAAGUUUCAGAUUAAAACUGCAGGUUGCUGAUAUGGGGGGCAUGGGACUAACGAGUGAAGCCGUGGCAAUCAUACACGUGUCUGACAUCAACAACCACGCCCCACGGUUCACCCAGCCCGAGCACCUUAUGAAAGCGCUGGAGAACCGGAAGGACUUUGAGAUUGGCAGGGUGAAGGUGGAAGACAGAGAUGAACGGGGAGAAGGUAACUGGGAGGCCAAGUACUUCAUUUCCAACGACCCCGGAGGACACUUUGCCAUUAGGACGGACCCAGGCACCAACGAGGGUGUUCUGACGGUGGUGAAGCCUUUGGAUUAUGAAGCACAGGCCGAGCGCGUCUUGGUUCUUACAGUGCAGAAUGUAAACCGCCUGAGCGACAAGGCUCCCAACCUCCCAGCGAGCAGCGCUACAGUGACUGUGGCUGUAGUGAACGAGAAUGAAGCACCACUUUUCAGUGACGACCCCAUACAGAUCGUGGUCCCUGAGUCUGUGCUUCCUGGGACGUUACUGAGACGAAAUAUCGCCUUUGACCCUGAACAUUUGGACCUGAGGUAUGAGUUUAGCAGAGAUCCCGAGAGGUGGCUGGAGAUCAACAGAGACACGGGAGACAUUACUGCCAAGAGAAGGUUUAACAUGCGAUCCCCAAAUGUCAGAAACAAUAUCUACAAUGCUGUUGUCAAGGUUACAGAUGCUGGCGGCGUGUCGACCACUGCGACAGUGGCCAUCACGCUGACGGAGACCAACGACUUCCCCCCCCAGCUCCUCCCUCUGAGCGGCACUGUGUGUCGGGCCGCGGGCCGCAGGAGUCCUGGUAUGGUUGUGACGGCUGUGGACGAAGACCUCCCCCCCCACGCUGCACCCUUCACCUUCAAGAUUCCUGAUGAUCUGUCAAUCAACUGGACCGUCAUUCAAGUCAACGAUACUCAUGCGCUGCUCCAGCCGCUGGUGGAGCUGCAGGCGGGAGAGUAUGUGGUCACCGUGUUCGUGUCCGACUCUGGCAGCCCGGUUCUGAGCGCGUAUGCUCAGGUCAACGUCACCUUGUGCGUCUGUAACUACUUUGGGGAUUGUAAGUCUGAGGUGGGGGCCGUCCUGAGCUCCAGCGUGGGGAUCAACUUCAUCGCUCUCGUCAUCGUCAUGGCCAGCAUCGCACUCCUACUGUUACUGCUCCUCCUGGCUGUGGCGGUGACUCACUGCGGGAAACGCCACCAUAUCAAGAAAGGAACAGGCCUGCUAGUUGGGGAAUCCGAAGAUGACAUUCGCGACAAUGUCUUCAACUAUGACGAGCAGGGCGGGGGGGAGGAGGACGAGAAUGCCUUCAACAUCGACCUUCUGUGGAAUCCCCACGAUGCUCCUUCCACGCCGGGGUCCUACUACCCAGGACGUGGUGUCCCACGAGGCAAGCAGCCCCUCAGGAGGGACGCCCCGCAUAACCUGCCCUCCCCCAUCUACCCACGGAGGCCUCCAGCGGAUCCCACUGACAUCGAGGACUACAUCAGUGACGGCCUCGACGCUGCAGACAACGACCCUAACGUGCCGCCGUACGACACAGCCCUGAUCUACGACUAUGAAGGAGAGGGCUCGCUGGCAGGCAGCUUCAGCUCCAUUGCUUCAGGCAGCUCUGACGGAGACCAGGACUACGACUACCUCAACGACUGGGGACCCCGCUUCCAGAAACUGGCCAACAUGUUUGACCCUCGAUAAGGCGGACUGCACACCACAGAGAGACCUGUGUGCACACGGGUCAUUUCUCAGGUGGUUUUUCUGCACACAUUUUGAAGACCAGGAUGUGAAGUGUGCCAAAGAACGGUAAAUUGCAUUCGGUUUAAUGUGCCACGGGUUAAAAUGAGGAUCAUUUGGACACAACUGACAAAACGGCACGUUGGAAAGUUUUGUAGCUCGAGAAAAGUUAAUGAGAAAGUAAAAUUGUGAGUUGAGAUGAUCCGUCAUGAGGGAGGAAGCUGUGCAUGACGCGAGGCACAAACAUGUUGAAAUCGUGGUACAUGUGUGGUUACACUUGCUCAGUAAUGAUGCACAAACCUGAGGUAUAAAAAUAAUGCAUUUCUUUUUUACUUUACUGCUUUUUGUAAGAAAUUAAAUUUGAUAUUCAUUUUUGUUUGUUUAUUUUUCCUCCAUUCCUGCAUCUGUUAAUCUUUUUGGAAAAAAAAUGUUUGCAACUAAACAAAUUGUACCAAACAAUAUUCUAAGUCAAAUUGAUUGGGGGUAUAGGCUUUGAAUUAGUUUACAGUUAUUGUAUGUAGAAUACAUGUAAAUCUUUCAUUUUGUGUGUGUAUUGUUGUGAUCCUCCGCCAGGUUUUGAACGUAAUUCAUUCCUAGAAAUAGAUUCAGUGCAAUCUUCCACAUUUGCUUAUGUUGGAGCUUUACAAAAAACAUUUUUAAAAAUGUUCAAGCAUCUCCUUCAUUGAUCUUCAACCUUUAAAAUAAAGGUAAAUAAAUAAUGCAUAACAACAAAGCAAAAACAGGACAGAAAAUGGGGAAAUAUCCCGUCUGCGUAGUCCGGUGCCUGAUCAGCUUUGAGAUGUUUCCGCAGCUUGAAGUCCACCUGUGGGGGAGUCAACUGAGUGGACAGGAUUUGAAAGAAGCACACACCUGUCUGUCCAAGGUCUCACAGCAAAGACUUCACCAGAGCAGAAAAAAUAGAGGGUGAAGCAACAUCUUGCAGAGCUCAGGGACACAGUUUUGUUGAAACGCACUUUCUCCUACAAUAAACGUUGCCAGAAGCACA